AUGGUUAGAAAGUACACAGAGGAGGAAUUGUUCAGCUACCAAUCUCAGGGCGUUCUGCCUGAGGGCAUCGACCUGACGUCGUUUGUGCAGCUUGUGGACGAGGUUCGCGAGGCUCUGAGAGACAGCGACGAGCAGGGCCCAAGAAGAAGAUCGUUCACCGGGUACAAGAAGAGACAACCUAAGGAGUUGAAGCAGACAGAUGACGAUGGCUGGACCUCAUUUGUGACUCCAAAGCCAAAGAAGACUGUUGUCGAGGACAAGCCGGAGCUCAAGCAGCACACGCUAAAGUUGAAGACCACAUCCAACAAGAUUUCGUCGGGCAAGGGCAGCACCGACUCGCGUGACACCAUUGCGAUCACGCAGGUGUCCAAGUUCAAUGCGUUUGAUGCUUUGAAUGAUGAGGACGAGGCUGUUGAGUCUGACGAGGAAUACGACACGUUGUUGAUGGACCCGUUUGCAGACCGGGGCGACGAUUCGAACGGCAGCACGAUCGACGACGACGAGUGGUUCAGCAGCGAGUCGGUCGCCGUGGUGGAGUGGCCCAGGAAGAUCUUGGGCGAGCUUCUGAUCACCACGGGCGGAGAGACCGUAGUCCUUUUCGGUGGAUGCGGACGCAUCUGCACUGGUUUGCUGGCCGAAGGGCUCGUACCACAGACCGGCCGCUUGGAGAGCCGCGAUCUUACCCGAGGCCACGGUGGCCAGCUCUUUCAAGCUGUAAGUUUGGGCUAUCUGUUGCAAAACCAGCCAGUUAAGCGAAAACUUGUAGUCCUCGGGCGACGCAAACCACCGGCUCGUGUAGCUGACGUAGGUGACCACGAAGUUGACCCGCAUGGUGUCCACCAUCUGGGCCAGCAGCUUGGCGAUCGCGACGUUCAAACUGGCCGUUUCGUUGCUCGAGACGGUUUCUAUCAGGCUGAAAAGCAAAAGAGUCGACUGCUCGGUCUUGUUGGUGAUGCAGCUCUCGUGGUUCGGCUUGGAAAACAGCUUCCGGUCUGCCUCCAACGAGUAGAACGACUCCACCAACUGGAACCACUUCUCCUGAACCAAGGCCUUGUCCUGCGGACUCACAAACGAUGCAACGUUUUUGAAGUCCAACGUAUAGUACAGGUAAUUGAAGAUGUUGACGCGGUACGGAGCGCGCUUGUAGUCGAUGAGACUGUCGCCGUGGGUGCUCUGGAAGAUGCCUUCCACGUCGGAGAUGAUGAGGUCGGAGAACUCGACAAACUCGGACGACCUGGUGAACAAAUCUGUGGAAUUGACCGAUUGGUAGUAGAUGCUCAGCACCUCCUGGAUCAUGUCGUUGAUCUGGUCGUUGUAGUAGAUAUGGGUGCCGAGACUGCGGACGAUCUCGAUGUAUCCGUUGUUGAGCGACGAGGCGUCUUUGGCGAACACCGACUCUUUCUGGAAACGCACCACGUCGCUCAGAAUCUCCUUGACUGCGAAUUGUCGUUUUUAUCUGCCUUGUCAAGAAUCAGGAAAAUGGACUUCUCUAUCAGUUUGGCGUUACCGAAAUUGCUGAUGUUGGGGUCGAGAUACUUGGAAACCGAGUGGGUGGCCUCGAGCGACACUUUGGACCAAUUGGCGUCGCUGGUGUUUGCUCCCAGAUUCAGAUACGUCGAGGCGAGGUUGAGGAAGUGUCUGAGCAACUCCGAGCUGCUGGACAAGAUCUGUUUCUGGUUUUGCUGGAUCUUAUCGCAGAAAUGUGCAAAGAUGGUCAAUCCGAGCUGUGUGGACGACAACUCCUUCAGUUGCACCACCAACGUUAAAAUGUCUAUGAUAUAG